GCGUUGAGGGCUACAGACUCAGAGAAUCUAAUUUGCUUCUUUAACAUUUUUUGGGAGACAGAGGGUCCACGCUCCAUCUCACUCCACAACAGGUGACCAGUGGGAGUUACGCCUUAACACCGAUCUAUGACAGUAUCAUCAUUAACACCUGGAACCUAUGUUUUAAGUGGAUUUAUGAACUCACAGAUUGGUUACAAAAUUGGACAGAUUGAAAAAAGGACUUGAGGGGAACUGCUGAACUUCUAUCUCAGGAGCGUUCCCCAGCUGUGAAGCCCACGGCAGGAUAAGGAUGACGGGGAGCAUGCCACCACCACUGCUGCUGCUGCUGCUCUGGACUCUGACGGCUCUUUGGACUCUGUCAGAGGCGAUGUCCCCACAGUGGACUCAACCGAGGAUGAAGAAACUUCAUGUCAUCCCUGCGGGCAACACGGUCAAGUUUCGCUGCCAGGCCAGUGGCAAUCCCACCCCAACGAUGAAGUGGUUUAAGAAUGGCAAGGAGUUUAAAAUGGACCAGCGCAUGGGAGGAUUUAAGGUGCGAGAGCACAUGUGGACCAUCCUCAUGGAGUAUGUAGUGCCCUCAGACAAGGGGAACUACACUUGUGUGGUGGAGAACCAGUAUGGCAGCAUCAACCAUACUUACCAGCUGGAUGUCAUACCACGCUGUCCUCACAGGCCCAUCCUACAGGCAGGUCUUCCAGCAAAUCGCACUGCGGUGGUGGGUAGUGAUGUGAAGUUUGUUUGUAAGGUCUUCAGUAACCCCCAGCCUCACAUCCAGUGGUUGAAGCAUAUUGAAAUCAACGGGAGUCAUUAUGGACCUGAUGGAUUACCAUAUGUUCGGGUGCUAAAGACUGUUUACGUUAACACCACAGACAAGGAAAUGGAGGUCCUGCUAAUAAAGAAAGUGACUUUUGAGGAUGCUGGGAAGUAUACCUGCUUGGCGGGGAACUCUUUUGGGAUUUCUUACCAUUCUGCAUGGUUGACUGUCUAUAAAGACCCAAAACCCAACACUUCCUGUUUCCCCAGUUCAAUGCCAAAACUGCCAGCAGAUCGCACUGUAGUGGUGGGUAGUGAUGUGGAGUUUGUGUGUAAGGUCUUCAGUAACCCCCAGCCCCAUAUCCAGUGGCUGAAGCAUAUUGAAAACCAUGGGAGUCGUUUUGGAUGUGAUGGUUUGCCAUUUGUUCGGGUGCUAAAGUCCACUGGGCCUAACACCACAGACAAGGAAAUGGAGGUCCUACAAAUAAAGAAUGUGACUUUAGAGGAUGCUGGGCAGUAUAGCUGCAUGGUGGGGAACUCCUAUAGGACAUUUUAUCAUUCUGCAUGGUUGACUGUCCAACAAGGUGUCUGAUGUAUGUUUAAAGUAUAGUCGAGCCCACUAUACUGGGUGAAGAAGCACUUAGCUAUUAGCAGACAUGGGCAGUAUUUUAAUUAUAUGUAUUUAAAAUAUGUAUUUAAUUACUUUAGCGUAUUUUGUCAUUUGUAUUUUGCAGGAUUGGAAAAACUCAAAUGUAGUUUGUAACAAAAUACUUUGAGGGAUUGUAUUUGAGUAUUUCAACUACUUAAAUACUUCUCAAAUAAGCCAAAAUGCCAUCACUCAAUUAAAUAUACUACCCACUAUAACCAUGACAAUAGGCAAUGCUUAUCAUAAAGCCAAAGGCCAAUCUUGGUGAAUCUGGUUUUAAGAAUAGGCUGGGUGCCUGGAGAUAUCCCUUGGGCAAUUCCCUAUAUUCAACUGUAAAGUUGACCUAAGCAUUUCAUAACCUUUUUUGGAAGAAAAGCAUGAAAUGUUUACCCAUUUUCCAUUUUUCUUGCUGUAGUAUGCCACAUUGUGACCAACUUAAAAGUGUUAGAUCCAACUUUCUUCUAUUAUGAUCCCCUCUGAACAUGUGUAAAGUUGAAAAAAAGUCAAUUGAGAGAGACAAAAUGGUCAACUUUAUCACCGUUCUGUAAGGACAACAUGGGUGUAAACCCAAUUUGUUUGUUUAUGUAAUUUUUUGUUUAUGUAAAUACCCUGUAGUAGAGAACUUAAAGCCCCUUUGAACCCCUUAAAACAUGUCAGGAAGUUGAAAGAAAUUAAAAAGUAACUAGGAGCUUGAAUUGUCAGGUGUGUUAAGUGCUACAAGACUAAAAUGUGAAAACGAUACAGAUAAGAUACUGAGGGAGAAUAUUAGGACCACGGCCUUCGACCCCAUGACCUUGAUUACCUAAUAGCUGAUGUUCAUUCUCACUACAGGACAGUAUUAAAACUUGGAUUUGACAAGAGGAUUUAUGUAAGGAGUAACAUCCGCUGUGGUGUCCUGAUAAUAUGCAGAAAUAACGGAGGAGACGGAGACAAAGACCUCCCGGAGUGGAAUUCUCUCCCAAGUUAAUUAAUUCCGUAUAUUGGGACACCUUAUAGGUUGUUAUUCUGUUUAUCCCCCAUGUUGCCAGUAGGCAUGCAUUUAUAGCACAACAAGGGAAAUGUAGUUCAGUUUAAAAAGAGGCCGACCUGUUCAAUUUGUUGUACUACUUUCAUUGGUUACGGAAAAUGAUGGUGGGAAGUUUGCUUUGUUACAGUUGAUUCCAUUGUUGCGAAGCCUGCUUGUCAGUUCAAUCAUUGUUUACAUUAAUAUGGGAUGGUGAUUAUAUUUGUUUACCAGAUCUACUUCAUAGGUGCCCCAAUGUACAGAAUUAAUAGCCCCCUGCCACCCAAUCAAAAAUAGUAUUUCUUGUCUCUUGGGGAUACAUUUUCAAUAAUAUUCCUUGUUAGUAUACCAUGAUUAUUGUGUGGGUAUUUUUGUAUUUCCAAAUUACUAAUUACUUGUAUUUUAAUUAAAUAAAUUUUAACAUCA